CAGGUCACAAAAUUGAGAGCGUGGGCUGGUGUCACACAGCAACAGGUAACACCACGGGUGCUGUGCUGGUAGGAACAAGUUGGGGAUUAAUCAUGGAGUGUUCAAUUGAGGCCGGAGAAGACACCAAAUUCUUUGGUGGGAGCGUGGACCAAUAUUUCAAACAAGUUUAUAAGUUUGCAAGCAGUAAUGGAAGAGGUGAUCCUGUAACAGGACUUGAAUAUUUCUGUACUGCAUCUAAACAAGAUGGUAAGAAUGAAUACUGCAUAUUCGCUGCAACACCAAACAAACUUUAUCAGUUCAGUGGAACAAUGAGCCCCAACAGCGGAGAAGUCCCAGUUUUUCAGGCUGUGUUUAGUUUAUACACCAACACACCCCCACGCCACAUACAUAUACCAGGAAUACGUGAUGAUAGUCAACUUAUCCUGCUCUACAGUUCAAAAGGUUCUACAGUUCCCGUCCCUACACAGUUUGCAUGGAUGACAGCAGAAGGCGUCUACAUUGGUGAGAUUAAACUUCCAUCCAUGGUUGAAACAUCCACAUCUAUCCAACAAAGGUCUCUCAUUACAAACGCUAGGCUUGUGCAUUAUCCAGACACAGCGGCUGACAAUACAAAUCCUUUUGCUGAUAACAGUGGAGAAGUAUUAAACAUUGUCCUUACUGAGUUUCACUUGCUCCUGCUUUAUUCUGAUCGACUAAAAGUCAUUUGUUCUCUCAACGAACAACUUAUAUUUGAAGAUGUAUAUAGUUCCAGGUAUGGUCAACUGCGCGGUUUGGUGAAGGACCCUGCUCAGGGCACAAUAUGGGCAUAUACCGAUGGUGCUGUUUUUAAGUAUAAGGUUGUAAAAGAGUCUCGUGAUGUGUGGCAAAUGUAUCUGGACAUGGGAAAAUUUGAUCUGGCUCGUGAACACUGCAGAGACAACCCAGCUAAUUUAGAUAAAGUGCUGACACGACAAGCAGAGCAUGAAUUCAGCAAAGGUCAAUACCAGGAAAGUGCUUUGUAUUACGCAAUUACACAAAACUGUUUUGAGGAUGUGGCUUUAAAGUUCCUGAGAGCUGGAAAAGAAGUUGCGUUGCGGGCUUAUCUGCAGAAGAAACUAAGCAAUUUAAAGGCAGGUGAAACAACUCAAAUGACGAUGUUAUCAACGUGGCUUGUUGACUUUGAUUACGAGCGUGUAGUAAACCAUCACAUACAAAAUGAGGAUUAUACAUCAGCACUCGAUGCACUGAGGAAACAAAACUCUGUUCCUUUGUAUUACAAGUUUUCACCAGUGCUAAUGCAGCAUAUUCCCCAAACAACAGUGAACGCAUGGAUUCAAUUAGGACGACGCAUUGAUCCAAGGCACAUUAUUCCAUCCCUUGUUAAUUGCACUGAGAGAGGUUCAGAAACACACUGGAUGGAAGCAAUUCGAUAUUUAGAGUAUUGCACAACAGAAUUGGAAUGUAGCGAUCCAGCAAUUCAUAAUUAUCUACUUUCACUCUACGCAAAACACGUUCCGAAUUCAGUAAUCAGUUACCUCAGAGGACAGGGUGAUGAUUCCUCGGAGAUAUGUUACGACGUUAAAUACGCACUGCGUCUCUGUCUCGGCAACAAAGAUCCAAGUGCAAGUGAGACGCUACAUCAAGCUUGUGUUCAUAUUUACACUGUCAUGGCUUUGUAUGAAGAAGCGGUUAACAUGGCUUUAAAGGUUGACGUAGAACUUGCGAAGUCGAUUGCUGAUCGUCGUGAAUUAGAAGAAGAUGAAGAAACACGGAGGAAGUUGUGGCUCUGCAUCGCGAAGCAUAUUGUGCAGGAGGACAAGGACAUUAAGAGAGCCAUGAAGUUUUUACAGGAAUCUGGUGACUUGUUGAAAAUUGAAGAUAUUCUUCCUUUCUUCCCUGAUUUUGUGACAAUUGAUCAUUUUAAAGAUGCGUUGUGUGAAUCUUUAGCUGAAUAUAAUAAACAUAUCGACCAGCUUAAAGAUGAAAUGAAUGAAGCAACAAGCAGCGCUCAUUCUAUUCGUGCAAACAUACAAGAAACAAGGAAUCGUCACUUAGUAGUCGGGGGUACAGACAGAUGUCAGUCAUGUGACAAACUGCUUCUUACCAGAGCUUUCUACUUGUUUCCAUGUCAACAUGCUUUCCAUAAUGAUUGCAUGUGGAAAGAUGUGAGGCCUCUUCUGAUCGACUCAAAACGUGACUUGGCUGACAGACUUCAACAAAAACUACUGACACUUAAUUUAAGCAACGAUUCAACUUCCAAAGAGGAACGAAAAACUGCUCGUCAAAAACUUAUCAAAGACCUUGACGAGACAAUCGCGAAUGAAUGUGUGUUAUGUGGUGAAAUUGCCGUGCGAUCCAUAGACACACCAUUUCUGGAUGACACAUUUGGGGGAGAAGAAACUUGGUCAUAAAUGAAAAAGUAAUAAAAUCUCACGCUGUGUAAAUCACCAUAAUUCUAUGCUUUACAAUGUACAUGUACUGUAUUGCAGUAAUUUAAUAUUUCUUGUUUAAUAUUCAUUCAUAUCACAGCAAGUCUGAAUUGGCAUUGUUUCAAUUUUUCAUUGUUUUCAAUGUAACUGAUCGUGUGUUUUGUUCUUGUGCAAUAAAUAUCCUAUUCAAAUUACGAAGUGAACAUGACAUUU